GCGCCUCCGUUGGGUCACACACCUCUUUUACAUAGUUUUGUUUCGGCCCUGGAGGCUAUUUUUAGCAACUCGUUGGGAUGGAGGAAAACACCAAGCCACAUAUUUAGCCGUCUGUCAUUUUUCCCCGUUUCGCGCAGGACGCUGAUGUGAUUCGUCAGCGAGCCCCGGACCCUGGGGACAAACAAUUCUGUCUUCUCCGGGGUUUGGAUAUUUUGUCGGCCCAGAGGCUUAAAUAAGCCCAUGUGGAAUGCGCGCCUUGAUUAUUUUUGCAAAGGGGUCGUAGCGACUUGUUUGGAUCACAGGACCUUCUUUGUUCCCGAACACAAUUAAUCCAGUUGCUUUUGUGACUUUUAGGUGGGAUUCUUUGUGUAAUGAUUUUGUUGUUUUGCUGCAACGUGACAAAAUGGAUGCUUGGUGGCAUAUAUUAUUUAUCCUCUUCAUGUGUUAUAUCGUGAACUGCAUAUGAUAUCUGGCAGAUAUUUUGGGCAAGAUCGUCAAUUAAUGAACAUAUUAAUGAUCAACAAAUGACUUUCAAAAUAAAUUGAGACGACAUGUAACAUUGUUUUACAAAUUACACAUUAUACAUUAUAUUGUGUAAAAAUGAUACAUUUGUGAAGUUCAGUGAGCCAUAUGUAAACCUUUUUUUGCGAUUUCAAGACAUGCUAAAAUUGCACUUAUUAAUCAUCGGGAUGACUGACUGACCACUUUUAAGGCAGAGGUAUGGGUGUGCGUGCGUGACUCAGUGUCGGAUAGGACCUGCAGUCACAUGGCUACUUGUCAGCAGGCUCCAGGAGGAAACUUAAUCCCGCUGAGCGAGGCGGCCGCUAUCAAGUUCACGGUUGCACUUCCUACCAUGUCUGCGGCGGCUUCUCUGCAGUAAACAAAGCAAGGUUAUGCUCCCCAAAAGUUGCCUGAGUCCCAGCGAAAAAGAGAAGGGCUAACCACGUCACAGCGUAACCCCAGAAGCUUUUCCCAAAGCGUGUCCGCCAAGCAGAGCCAUGAGCAACCACGCUGCUCCCAAAAAGAUCACGGAUAGCCCCGAGGCGUCGUCUUCACGCAGGCCGCCGCAAGUGGACGACGACGACGACGGCGACCUGAACAAGGCGUUGGGGGUCGAGCGCUUCCAGCACAUCCUCAAGCCUUCCACAUCCGUGCCUGAUGAGCAGCACCACAACUAUCAUGAAGAGGACAUAGAAUACCACCGCCACUCCUCCCACCACAUCCACCGCCCUCUGUCCAAGUUGCCCCAAGACGGGCGCCGGAAGAAAAGCAACAAAAAGCGGCGCAAGGACAAGGACCACAAAAGCGGCCACGCCCCUGGCACCGGCCCCGUCGAUGAGGGCGAGGACGAGGAGGAGGAAGAGGAGGAAGGGCAGGAGGCCGGCGCCGCCUCUUGUGAGCCAGUGGCCGUUGCGGAGUUUUUCUUGUCCGAUGACGAUCAAGUGGGUGUCCCCGCCCGGGACCUGGACGUGGUCCCGCACUCGGCCGCGGGAGCCGAUGCUGACGACGGCACGUCCACCGACAAACCCGGGUCGUCAGACGUCCCCGUUCUGCCGCACUCAGACCAUCCGCCGCUGGCCCGCUUGUCCUCGACAGGCCGCAGCUACGACCUACAGGAUCGUAGGCGAACCGGCAACAUGACAGGCGCCGAGCAGGCCAAGUACCAGCGCAUCCCCACCGAUGAGAUUGAGGCCCAGACGCUCGUCUCCGCCGAUCUGGACGGCAUCAAGAGCCACCGUUUUGAAGAUGUCCCCGGCGUGCGCAGACACCUGGUUCGAAAGAGCACCAAAGGCCAGGUGGUGCACACGGGCAAGGACUACAAGGAGACCGCCUCUCGCACCCGCAAGCAGGACCGCACACCACACGAGCCGAUGCCGGUGAUUCUGUACCGCUCCUUAUCUCGGCCCAAAGGCGUCCUGCUGGACGCGGGCGCCAGCGCGGUGGCCUCCACAUACAAGAAGGUGUUUGUAGAGCUGAACGAGCUGACCAUGGACAAGAACCAGGAAAUGCGGUGGAAGGAGACGGCCCGCUGGAUCAAGUUUGAGGAGGACGUCGAGGAGGAGACGGACCGCUGGGGCAAGCCGCACGUGGCCUCUUUGUCCUUUCGCAGUCUGCUGGAACUCCGCAAGACCAUCGCGCACGGUGCGGUCCUGCUGGACCUGGACCAGAAGACCCUGCCUGGCAUCGCCCACCAGGUGGUGGAGAAGAUGAUCAUUUCCGACCAGAUCAAAGCCGAGGACCGCGCCAACGUCCUGAGGGCCCUGCUGCUCAAGCACAGCCAUCCGAGUGACGACAAAGAGCACAGCAGCAGCCCCUUCCCCAGGAACAUUUCGGCCGGCAGCUUGGGCAGCCUCAUGACCCACCACCACGCUGCAAACCACGCCCACCCGCCCGAGCCCUCCGUCACCGACCCACUGAUGAGCAACACGUGCGCGGCGGGCGACUGCGACGUGCACAUUGAUGUGGAGAAGAACGACGUGCAGAGAGAGCCCAGCAUGGUUUCAGGCAUGCAUCGCUCCAAGUCCAAGCACGAACUCAAGCUCCUGGAGAAGAUUCCAGAAGACGCCGAGGCCACAGUUGUCCUUGUGGGCAGCGUGGACUUCCUGGAGCAGCCCACCAUGGCGUUCGUGCGGCUGCAGGAGGCCGUGGAGCUGGAGUCAGUGCUGGAGGUUCCCGUGCCCGUCCGCUUUCUGUUUGUCCUGCUGGGGCCCGCCACCACCAGCAUGGACUACCACCAGAUAGGACGCUCGAUCUCCACGCUCAUGUCCGACAAGCAAUUCCACGAGGUGGCCUACCUGGCGGAUGACCGGCAGGACCUCCUGAAUGCCAUCAACAGCUUCCUGGACUGCAGCAUUGUGCUGCCGCCGUCGGAGAUGGGCGGCGAGGAGCUGCUGCGCUCUGUUGCACGAUUCCAGCGGGAGAUGAUGCGCAAGCGGGAGGAGGGAAAGCUGCUGGCUGAUGAACCCAAGAGUCUGGAGGAAAAAGAAGCCCUCAUCACGCCUUUCAAGAAGUCCGACGACGACCCCUUGAAGCGCACUGGCCGGCCUUUCGGCGGCCUCAUACGAGACGUGAGGCGGCGCUACCCAAAAUACGCCAGCGACUUCAAGGACGCCCUCAACAGCCAGUGCAUGGCUGCCAUCAUCUUCAUCUACUUCGCCGCCCUCUCUCCGGCCAUCACCUUCGGAGGCCUGCUGAGCGAGAAGACGGAGGGUCUGAUCGGCGUGUCGGAGCUCAUCGUGGCCACUGCCGUGCAGGGCGUCGUCUUCUGCUUGCUUGGAGCACAGCCUCUGCUGGUUGUCGGCUUUUCUGGACCUCUUUUGGUCUUCGAAGAAGCGUUUUACUCCUUCUGCAAGUCCAGCAACAUGGAGUACCUGACGGGCCGUGUGUGGAUCGGCGUGUGGCUGGUAGUCAUCGCGCUCGUCACGGUGGCCUUCGAGGGCAGCUUCCUGGUGCGCUUCGUCUCGCGCUUCACCCAGGAGAUCUUCUCUUUCCUCAUUUCGCUCAUCUUCAUCUGCGAGACCUUCCUGAAGCUCGGCAGGAUUUUCACUCAGCACCCUCUGAGGCGCUGCCCCCUGGACCCACUCCUGCCUUUGAAUGACACGGCGGGCCGGAACGCAUCUGUAGAAGACGCCACGGCGAUUCCGCUCAGCAUCUCCAACAUCACCGACGUUCCCGAGGUGACCAAGAUGGCCGCCGGCCCAACGAAUGAACCCAAUACAGCGCUGCUGUCGCUCGUUCUCAUGGCCGGAACGUUCUUCAUUGCCUUCUAUUUGCGCAAGUUCAAGAACAGUGCCUUCUUCCCCGGAAGGCUACGCAGGCUUAUCGGCGAUUUUGGGGUGCCCAUCGCCAUCCUCCUCAUGGUGCUCGUGGACAACAGUUUAGAAGACACGUACACGCAAAAACUGAAUGUUCCGAGCGGUUUCUCCGUGACCAAGCCCGACAAGCGCGGCUGGGUCAUCAGCCCGCUGGGUAGCGACGGCGAGUUCCCUAUCUGGAUGAUGUUCGCGUGCAGCCUGCCCGCUCUGCUCGUGUUCAUCCUCAUCUUCAUGGAGACUCAGAUCACCACACUGAUAGUGAGCAAAAAGGAACGCAUGCUGGUGAAAGGCUCCGGCUUCCAUCUGGACCUGCUCCUCAUCGUGGCGUUGGGUGGCGCCUCGGCGCUGUUCGGUCUGCCAUGGAUGGCGGCCGCCACCGUGCGCUCGGUGACGCACGUCAACGCCCUCACCGUCAUGAGCAAGGCCGUGGCCCCGGGUGACAAGCCUCGCAUCAAGGAGGUUAAGGAGCAGCGCGUCACGGGGCUCCUGGUGUCCGUCAUGGUCGGCAUGUCCAUCGUGAUCGGGGACCUCCUGCGCAAGAUCCCCCUGGCUGUGCUCUUCGGGAUUUUCCUCUACAUGGGCGUGAUGUCGCUCAACGGCAUCCAGCUAAGCGAGCGUAUGAUGCUGCUGCUCAUGCCGCCAAAGUACCACCCUGACCACAGCUACGUCCGCAAGGUUCGAACGCUGCGCAUGCAUCUGUUCACCUGCAUCCAGAUGGUGUGCCUGGGUGUGCUGUGGGCCGUCAUGUCCACGCAGGCGUCGCUGGCCUUCCCCUUUGUGCUCAUCCUCACCGUGCCUGUCAAAAUGUUUCUGCUGCCGCGCAUCUUCACCUCCCGCGAGAUGCUCAGCCUGGACGCCGACGACGCCGAGCCCACGUUCGACGAACGCGAGUGCCACGACGAGUACUCCGAGAUGCAUAUGCCCGUGUGAACUGCUGCCUUUGCCCCAGACACUCGUAGCGCCACCCGCUGGGAGACCACGCGCUGGGAGGCCAACCUUGGCGCCCCCGGCUUCGUCCUCACCUGCUGCCCGUGUGUCAUGUCAACAAGUAGUUUACUUUUUAUUUGAAAAUUAUUAUUAUUAGACUGUAUUUCAGGGGAUUCCAAAAUCAUGACUUAUUUACGCUCGAUGGACACGCAACAUGAUUUGUUUUAACCCUGAAAGGUUUGCUCUGAUUCACAUUGAAUAUGUGACAAACGCAGGGGAAAGUUUCCACUGUGUUUGCACACCGACUUACUCGCUGCCUUACUUACAAGUGCCUUAUAAGUAGGAACUACUUAAGUAUGUUCUUGGAGGACACCUGGACGCCUCGCUUUUCACUUUACUCAAUGUUAGUAGCACUUUUUGUUUUUCAAACAAAGACAACAAAUCAAAGAACUGUAACGCAGUGUGAUUGUUUUUAAUCAUCAAAUCACCUAACAUUAUUAUUUGUCGUAGUCAGUGGCAACCUGGGAGUUAUUUGUUGCGCUUUUCCACAUUUUGCAAUGCUCUCAAAUGCAACAAUUGAGGGUCACUUGACCUUUACCUGCGCUAAGUAGCAGUGACCAGAAAUGGUUAUUUUCUGUCUGUAUUUUUUCCUAAAUGUACUAAAACUCAUUGCAUGUGACAUACACUGUACAUUUCACUUAGCGGUAAGGAACACUGAAUUACCACUAUAACGAAAAGCUAACAGGCUUAUCGUAGCGUAACUUGCUUGACAAGCUGACUACCGAGCUACAACUGACCAGAUGUAAGCUAUUGUUAUAUCAAAAGCGCGAGCUUGACAAGCGAACAAACGAGCUACUACUCUUAAACUAUCGUAGACCGGCAAGCUUGACUACUUGAACUCUAUUUAUUAUCGUAGAACCAGCUAGCUUGGGGAUCUAAUUUGCAAGGAAACAGACAAUCUGGCUAAGGAGUUGCCUCUUAAGUUGUCAGAUAACUAGUCAAACUAGAGAGCUGUCUGACUAACCUAAUCCUCAUUAGUUACCUCACCAAGUUAACUAGUUUAUGUUGAUUGCUACUUUACUACUUGUAUGGUAGUUAGCUUUAUAGGGCACCAGAGGAAGACAAAAACAAACAUUUAAUUUUUUUGAAUGCCGCUACAUCAUUUUUUUGUCCCUAAUCAAAUACUUUUACGUUCAAGCACAGAGUGGAAUUGUUGGGGAUAGUAAAAGUUGAAGAUACUAGCUGUCACAGUUUUUUACCCAGGAAUAUUUAGUAGUGCCAAACAGUCCAUCCAACAUAACUAACAUUCCACCCUUUCUUCGUAACAAUUGUAGACAAUUGAAGGUUCUUGGUUGCUGUUGUGUGACAUCACCCAAAAAGUGCCUGCAGGACCAUGAAGUGGUGAAUUAAAAGAGAUAAAUAUUUAGCUGUUGCAUUAUAAGCUUUACUGCUUGUUCUUAUUCGGGCUAAAUUCAAACACACACGCGUAGUUUUAAUGUUUGCUUGUGGUGCUUGUGAAUGGUGUGAGUGUAUUCUGUGUAUGUUUUUGAUGAUGAUAAUAGAACACAGAUGCCACUACUGAAGCUCUCGUACAUUUGACGCUUUACUAUUGAUGGCAAAUAAACGUUAUUUUCUAUUUA